ACUCGGACAUAUUUCACUGACCUUUUUACUUGUCAGGAUCAUCCCAUAGUACAGAAGCCAUGGAUGGAAACACCAUCGUCCCUGCGUGCAACUUUGCGCAAAGGUAAUCCUCAACCAAGCCCUGGGCCUGACAGGUGGGAAAAGUGGUGUGUGAAGUCGCUCAGUGACACUGCACUCCGUCUUGUGCUCCAGUUAGUUAAUUAUGAAAUUUGCAACUCACAUUUUCCAGCUUCGGUUAAACCAAUCAACAUGACCACUAUUUACAAGCGUGGACCAAAGACAUUGCUUGCCAACUACCGCGGAAUAUGUUGCAGUAACUUCUUGCUGAACAUCCCUUUUGCCUGGCUUAAUUCACUUCUUAUCCCUUACCUCAUGAGGCUUCAUGUCCUUCCUGAAGGGCAGGUCGCAACACAACCAGGCGUGCAAGGAAGAGACCUAACAUCCUUUCUUUCGCAGUUGGAAAGUUGG